AUGGUACUUCGAUCAAAGGAUCAACGACAGUGGUCGCCCUACAAGAGAUUGCUUCUGAUGAUGAGUAUUUGUGACAUCAUGUUCAGCAUGACUAUUGGUGCUGCGGCCUUUCUUCGUCCAGAAGAAUCCAGCAAACGCUUGUGGGCUUUUGGUACAGAAGCGACAUGUAGUGCGGUUGGGUUCUUUCAUCAGCUUUCAACCAGUGCAAUCUGGUACAACGGUUCGCUGUCUACUUACUUCCUUCUUACCACCAGAUUUGGAAUGAAAAAUGCUGAUGUAUCAAGAUGCUUCGAACCCGUAAUGCAUGCGGUGUCAAUUGGAUUUCCACUCUUGACCGCAAUCUUUGGUUCCGUGAUUGGUUUGUGGGGAGAAAUGCCAGUCAACGGUUUUCGAUGCUACAUGGUCGAUCUCCCAAAAAACUGUGGUUCUCAGCCUGGACACAGUAGGGAAGAAUGCAUAUCCGACCGACUGUUCAUCAUGUUCUAUUACGUGCCUGUGAUCCUAACAUUUGUGGCACUGGUCGGGAACAAUACAAUCAUAUCACAUUUUGUUUGGAAGCAAACAAAUCCCAAAGCAGUACGUCAGAGAGCGACAUCGUCUGCUGGUGGCUCCAGCGGAGGGAAUCAUUCGUAUCCUUCCGCUGGUGAUUCAUCCACUAACAGCGAAUUGGAUACAAGUGGCCGUCAUUCCAAAUCCACUAGAACAUCGAAACAGGGAUCCACGGAACGGCGGAAACAACAGACCGAGAGACAAAAGGAACAAAGACAACGACUCCGGCUGAUCCGAUCCCAGGCUUUUCUGUUUGUCGCAUGCUAUACAACAAGCUAUAUAUGGCCCUUUGUGAUCAAUCAAUUGAAGAAAGGAGCCAAAAGCGAUGAGGAAUUGAUGGAUCUUCUUUGCAAGUACUAUCCAUUAAUGAUUUGUGAGGCGAUGUUGCUGCCUCUUCAGGGAAUGUUCAACCUCUUUGUAUUCAUCCGACCGAAAUGGCUCCGAUCCCGUCAUGAUUUUCCAAAGGAGAAUCUCAGGUGGGCUUUGAGAAGGUCAGUGUUUGGUGCCGAAAUCAAGCCGACACAGAGGAAGAAAGAGUCUUCGAGGUGCGCCUCGAAGAAUAGCUCGACGGGGAAGUGUAAGGUGAAAUUCACUGAUCCCUCCCAAACUGAAGACUAUUCAGGUUCCUUCGCUGUUUCCUCUGUCGCAAAACCGCUGAGUAGUGCUGUUUCCUCACUCAGCGGUAGCGGGUUGGAGCAGUCCGAUGAUGAAGGGCCACCGAUCACUACUCCACUAAAAGCAAAGAAGAAAAAGUGGUUCAAACCAAGGAAUCGAAAGCUUACGGAAGGCAGGAAUAAAGCAUUGGGAGGAAGCUUGCAAGUCAUCAGUGAACUUUCAGUUUCUCAGUUUCAAUCCAUCACAGAUAUGGAUGAUGAUGCCUUUCGUAUGAUCGAUGACGACCACAGUGAGAUUGAUGAUUCUGACCAUGAUGAAGACGAUGACGAUGUUAACACGCGCAAUUCAGAACCAGAAAACUCAGAAUUGCAAGAUUCACCAGAUCUUUCAAGUCGAUGGAGUGCCCACAUGUCCCAGGGGAGCUCGGCGAGGGGACAUUGGUCAGCGAGUCCUCGACAUCAAGUAGAGUUGGCAAUGCCAAGGAGAAUGAGCAGCAAUCAUGACAAUAUGAUGGUAGGUGAUAUAAACAGCAGUUCUGAAAGUGACGGCUCGGAUUGGGGUGGUGAUGACAGUAGCAGCGAGGGAAGCAGUAUCGCUUCAAACUUGGUCCAAAGUCCCCUGUCUCCGGUCGAACGAUCGCCUGAUGCUCCCAUCCGGAAACCUGUUCGUCGAAUGAGUCCGGUGCCUUUCCGGAACAAAUGGAGCGCUUAG